AAAUCAACCACCAGCUCCAAGCUCCUCGGAUCCACGUCAAGAAAACACGGUUUUUUUAUACCUCCCUUUACCAGUGACCCACAAAUCACAACAACAAAAGUCAACAAAUAUCUGACGUUCCGUCAUUCCACUUGGCCACAGUUUGGAACAGGCAGAAGCCAGAAGCUCCCCCCAAGCCCCAACGAAACGACAAUUGUACCUAUUUUUCUUGAUACUUCGUUUUGCACAACGUGAACGUUUCUCUAACAGAAGCAAAGCAGAAGUUCCCUUGCUCAUGUUCGUCGUGGAUUUGCGUUUUUCAUCUCUCGUCUCUUGAAAUUUUGCCAUUUAUUGGUUCUGGACGUGGACGCGAAAACGACUACGACUAAUCUGCUCCCACAGUUAUUUUGUUUGCAAUAAGACCAAGCGUGUGGCGUGUAUGUCUUUUUUGAUUAUCUCCCCGAAAAAAUACUGCAUAUCCAUUAAAAAUUAAAAUCUAUUAAUUCAAUAUCCUUUCUCUCUUCGUUUUGAUAGAUUUUUAUUGAAUUUUUCCUCCUUCCUAUCCACAAAACACAAAGAAUACAAAAAGAAGAAAAGAAAACGUGAGUGCGCUAAGUCAGUCAAGAAAGAAGAAUCGGAUUUCCGUAAUUGGUUUUGCUUUAGAAAUACAAAAUAAAAAGAGAAAAAAUAAAAUUCAAGUGUGUUUUGCCUAUUCGUGAUAAUGAGAAGUGCAUUUUCUUCACCAGCUCAAUGGAUUUUACCCGCAGUCCAAUGUCAAGAGGGACCGUCACAUUUGAAACGUGCCAGUACAGAUAAAUUAAAAGAUGUCUUCCUUAAGUACGCAUCAAAACAAAAAGAUGGAGAAGCUUAUAUGACCAGUGAAGAUUUUGUCCGAAAAUAUUUGGGAUUAUUUACAGAUGCUGCAUUUAACGAUGAAUCCGUCAGACUGCUAGCUGGUAUAGCAGAUACAAGCAAAGAUGGCCUAAUUUCAUUUGCUGAAUUUCAAGCUUUCGAAGGCCUACUCUGUGCUCCUGAUGCUUUAUACAAAACAGCAUUUCAAUUAUUCGACCGCAAAGGCAAUGGAUCUGUUUCUUAUGCUGAAUUUGCGGAAGUGGUACAAAAAACGGAACUGCAUUCAAAAAUUCCUUUCAGCUUAGAUGGUCAAUUCAUAAAACGAUACUUUGGAAAUGACAAACAACGAGUUAUCAAUUACAUAGAAUUCACUCAACUCCUUCAUGAUUUCCACGAAGAAUAUGCAAUGGAAGCAUUCCGAAGCAAAGAUCCAGCUGGUUCUGGAUACAUUUCCCCAUUGGACUUCCAAGAUAUAAUGGUUAAAGUGAAAAGGCAUUUACUUACAUCAGAUGUUAAGGACAAUCUUGUUGCAGUGACAGAAGGACACAAAGUUAGUUUUCCAUAUUUCAUGGCAUUCACAUCGCUUCUCAACAACAUGGAAUUGAUCAAACGAAUCUACCUGUAUGCAACCCAAGGCAGUCGCGUCGAACCCGUCACAAAGGAUGAACUCCUAUUGGCAGCACAAACAAUGAGCCACAUCACACCACUAGAAAUCGAUAUCCUUUUCCAGCUAACCGGUGCACUUCAUCAAACGGGGCGCAUUGUCUACGGUGAUCUUAGCAAUAUUGCUCCAGAACACUAUACAAAACAUAUCACAACGCGUCUGGCUGAUAUCAAGGCUGUUGAUAGUCCGGCAGACCGAUCGGCGUUCAUUCAGAUUCUUGAGAGUUCAUACAGGUUCACCCUUGGUUCAGUUGCUGGAGCCGUUGGUGCAACCGUGGUUUAUCCGAUUGAUUUGGUUAAGACGAGAAUGCAGAAUCAACGAACUGGUUCGUUUAUUGGUGAAAUUGCUUAUAGAAAUUCAUGGGAUUGCUUUAAAAAGGUCAUUCGACACGAAGGUGUGCUUGGUUUGUAUCGUGGUCUGUUGCCUCAAUUGAUGGGUGUAGCACCUGAGAAGGCUAUUAAGCUGACUGUUAACGAUUUUGUUCGAGACAAGUUUACCGACAAACAAGGUGUAAUUCCAAGAUAUGCCGAAGUCUUAGCUGGAGCAUGUGCUGGCGCAUCUCAAGUUGUAUUCACCAAUCCACUCGAAAUUGUUAAAAUUCGACUUCAAGUAGCUGGAGAAAUCGCGGGUGGCGCAAAAGUUCGUGCCUUAUCAGUCGUUCGUGAUUUAGGACUUUUUGGCUUAUACAAAGGAGCUCGUGCCUGCCUUCUACGUGAUGUACCCUUUUCUGCCAUUUAUUUCCCUACUUAUGCUCACACAAAAGCUCUUUUUGCCGAUGAAGACGGAUAUAAUCACCCACUUACUUUGCUUGCUGCUGGUGCCAUUGCUGGUGUUCCAGCUGCUUCUCUGGUCACACCUGCCGAUGUCAUCAAAACUCGUCUGCAAGUCGUUGCUCGAACAGGACAAACUACGUACAAAGGAGUUUGGGAUGCCACAAAGAAAAUAAUGGCCGAAGAGGGACCUCGUGCUUUUUGGAAAGGAACUGCUGCUCGUGUUCUGCGAUCAUCUCCUCAGUUUGGUGUAACUCUGGUCACUUACGAGUUACUCCAGCGUAUGUUCUAUGUUGAUUUCGGUGGCAGCCAGCCGACAGGUUCGGAGGUUAAGAAAUCCAAAGCAAUUGACGAUGGCGUUCAGAGAAUAAAUCCGGAUCACAUUGGCGGUUAUCAUGCGGCUGUGCCUUUGUUGAAUGGCAUUGAAUCGAAAUUCGGUCUUUGUUUGCCACGUUUCGGUAGACCAACACCGUCCACGGGGUCGUGAUUCCCCAAAUAUAACAAAAAACCUAUAGAAACGCCAGUUAAGGUUUUUUAAACUUUUUUUUUGUUCAGAAUAACGUCUCUUUCCUUAUUUUGUUAGGAAAACUAUGAAUUAAUUAAGUAAACUAAAUUAUAGAUCUAAACAAAUUUACAAAAGCAAAAACAAAGUAAAAAUUUAAAUAUUUCAAUUUAUUGUAAACUCAAACAAAUUAUUAGUUGAACCAAACUUCAACAGAGAUCUUUGUAGGUAAUUUAUUUUUUUAAAAGUUUAUUCUUGUUUUUUUUUUCUAAUAACGAAAUAAUUUUUUAAAAUAAACAAAACAAAAAGUGGAUAAUGAAUAACUAGAUAAUAUUUUUAUUUCAUUUAUUUUUAACUGAAGAGUGUUCAAUAUAAUUUAAAACAAACAACAACACAUGAAUAAAAACAAAAAAGAGAAAUAAAUAAUCUGAGAUUGUGUACUUUCAGUAUAUUUAGAUAUCUACUCGUAAUAUUAUUAAGUUUCAGACUUUGUGAAGUUUUGUUAACUGAUUUUCUUUUUUCUUUUUGUAAUUGUUGAUUGUGCUUAGCAUUUAUUUCAUUAUAUAAGUUUUAAAGAAUAAUUAUUAAAAGAAUGUUAACAAACGUGUAAAUAUCUAGCUGAAACAAAAAAAUACAUUACGUUGUUCUUGUU